AUGUUUAACUCGGUGAACCUGGGCAACUUCUGCUCCCAGUCGCGUAAGGAGAGGAGCGCUGAGUUUGGAGAAAGGGCAGGUUGCGCUUCUAAUCUCUACCUCCCCAGCUGUACCUAUUACGUCCCUGAAUUUUCAACUGUGUCAUCUUUCUUGCCACAGGCCCCCUCUCGCCAAAUCUCCUACCCUUACUCCACCAACCUCUCGCAAGUGCAGCCCGUGCGAGAGGUCUCCUAUGGUCUAGACCCCUCAAGUAAAUGGCACCACCGAAGCAAUUACGCCUCGUGUUAUUCCGCAGAAGAUCUGAUGCAUAGAGAGUGCAUCCCGCCUUCCACCAUGACCGAAAUGCUAAUGAAAAACGAGAGCGUGUACAGCCACCACCACCCCAGCUCCAACCACCCGGCAUCGACGGGAUUCUACACCAGCAUGAACAAAAACACUGUCUUGCCCCAAGGUUUCGACCGCUUCUUCGAAAAUGCCUAUUGCGGGGCGGAAAAUCCGACUGAGACCUGCCUGCAGAAGGGUGAGGGCAAAGUGGAGGCAGAGUCCCAACCCCACGCACUGUCAUCCCGCGGAGAGCAAGGUAUAGACCCGGAAGAUGAGGAGGAAAACACAAACCCAGGGUCUUCAGCCUCGUCCUCUUCUGUCACCAAGGAAGGAAGCAAAAGCAGCAAUUCGAGUGCUCCCAGAACGAGGAAGAAGAGAUGCCCCUAUUCGAAAUUCCAGAUCAGAGAGCUAGAGAGAGAAUUUUUCUUCAAUGUCUAUAUAAACAAAGAAAAAAGGCUCCAGUUAUCUAGGAUGUUAAAUCUUACUGACCGACAGGUUAAAAUUUGGUUUCAGAACAGAAGAAUGAAAGAAAAAAAAUUAAGCAGAGACCGCCUGCAGUAUUUCUCUGGAAAUCCCUUGUUGUGAACAUCUUUUGAAAUCCCCUCUGCUGGUGAAGUGUAUGUGUAUUGAGGAGGAACAGUUGCGAGCAUGGGUUUGCCCUCUGAGUCGACAAAGCAACCUCAAAGUUUAAGCCUUUUCGUUACUUAUAUUUGUAUGUCUGGGACAGUGCUGAGUAACAAAAGGAGUGAGAUUUUCUUUCAGUUCCCGCUUCAAGGACUUGGAUUCCAUGAACAUUUUAUUUAACUUUUUUCCUUUUUUUUUUUUUUGGCCUGAACAGGUUGGGAUUCCCCGUUGUUGUUUUGUUGGUUUUUUUUUUUAAUUAUUAUUAUUAUUAUUUUUAUUGUUAUUAUUAUUUAGGCACCCUGUCCAGUUGAAUAAAUGGCAGUGCUGUGUGUUACUACCACGGUGAUUUCAGUAUGCAGCUGUGUUAUCACAAGAGCGGCCAAAGUCUCCCUGUAGGAUCAAAUCACUUCAUCUGGGGUGAGUGUGUGUGUGUGUGUGUGAGUGUGUGUGUGUGAAUGCACGCACGGACAUGUGUGUCCUUGUAUGUGUGUGUGUGCACAUUCACACCCACCCCGCUCAUCUGUGUGCUAAGGCAGAUCAUUAUUUUCACCUCCUCCAUCCAUCCUUUCUAUCUAAAAAUAUAUAUAUGCGUAUAUAUAUGGGAGUCUGUGCGUAUAUAUCCAUAUAUAUAUUCUCUGCAGUAUCAUUUCUACAUUUGGAGUCGGGAGGGGGGGGGAAAUCCAGGCGAAAAUACAUUUGCAAUAACUGUCUCUGAAAUGGUUUGUAAAUAAAUUUCGUAGUGCAUUUUUUUUUCCUGGAAA